AUGGGUCUUCAGGAAGAGCAAAUGGCCUCGCAAGUCUUCAUAUUAGCGUUGCUGAAGAACCUAGAAGCUCGUUCAUCGACACCGAAGGAGUUGGAGAUCGUUGUGGAGCAGAUUUUGCCUGUCUUGGUGUUUGCGAUCGUGCACUUGCUUAAGGCAGUGGAGGCGAGCGAGGAGAAGAAUGAAGAUGGCGAAGAUAGUGGCCCUCCGAUUCGCCCAUUGGAUCACCUCGCUAGGUACAUGCUACGUCGGAACCCGCGACACAACGAGUCUAACGCCGAGAUGACAGAAUUCCAAGUCUUAGUGCGGAAGCUUUUACGCAAGUAA